AUGUGCGGGUGCGUCAUUUUUUUACAACUUUAUUAUUACAAUAUUAUUGCACAUGGGAGAGUUCUUAUAGAUUAUUCAAAGCCACCUAUUACUGUUUGGGGGGAAAAGGAGUCAUCAAAAUUAAUUAAGUGGAUCUCGAAAAAAGGAGGGUAUGAAAGUCUUGAUAUUAAUCUAGUUCCCAAAUUUGAUGUCGUGAAGAGAUGUGAGCAUGAAGUGGGAGAUGCAUCUGGUUUGAAAAAUGAUAUAGAAUCUUUGAAGAAUGUUGUUUGUAAUAUUGAGAAAUCAGUUGAUGAGCUGAAAGGUAUUGUUUGUACCAUUCUUCCAAAUGCUGUAGAAGAGGUGAAAUGUGUUUUUAGAAGUAACACGUUAACAAAACAGUUGGAAGAUCUAAAACAAGAAUUUUUGAAAGCCACAAAUGAACUAAAAGAGGGUGGGAAGCAGCUUAAAGAGAAAGUGGUACAAAGUGAUCAUACCAAUGAUGUCAAUGCAAAGGAUGAUGUACAUGAUGUUCAACAGAAUACACACAUAUUUGAGUCACCAUAUGUGAAGGAAGAUUUAGUUGCUUCUUCAAGUCAUCUAUCGAGCUACGUUGAGUUACCAAAUAUCAAGGCCAAUGCUAGGGAACUUAGCAAUAAAAAGAAUGAGGUCUCAUCAAAUGAUAUUAGUCCCAAGAAUCUUCGACGCACUGUUGAAAGAAGGCCUGGCCACCAAAUCUCAAGUCCAUUUGUACAGUUGGAAAUGAUGGGAAAUAAAAUAGAUCUUAUAACUGCAAAAUUUAUGGAGGAUAAGCCAAGAAAACUGCAAGAUAUUGGUCCUUUCACAGGGUGUCGUGAUCUUUAUGAUGACGACGUAUAUUUGAUUGCAUUUGUAUUUUUGGAGACGGAAGAUGUGGAUUUCAGAAUUUUUCAAACUGAUUAUGAACAUCUUGACCGUUUAGCAAUGAAAUGCCUAGAGCCGGGGGGACUUGUUACAUCUGAGGUUAUAAAUGCAGCAGUUAGUCUUCUCAGGGAUCCAGAGUCAUCUACUUGGUAUUACACUACAUUUUUUUCGGGUAGAGCAAUUGAGGCUGCCAAGAAAGGAGGUGAUGAUUGGCUGGAAUUUGUUGCCACAGCACCAAAAAGGUUUGCUGCAAUAUUACAAUAUAGAAAAGGCCUUAAGAAUGGAGAAAAGAUAUUCAUCCCCAUGCUGGAUCCAGAUACUACCCCACGUCACUGGUUCUUCAUUGUGAUUAAAAUAGCGACAACAGAUGUAGAAAUAUGGGACACCUGCCCGAGCCCUGCACGCAAAAUGGCUCGAAAUGAUCUUGUUUAUUAUGUGCUUUUGGCAUUGGACACAAUAUUUGACACUGAAAUCCAAAGCUGUUUCAAGAAAGGAUGGUCGUUUUGUUCAUUCACAGUUAGGAAUGUAGAUGACAUUGAGUUUCAACAAAAUGACUUCGAUUGUGGCAUUUUCAUGCUUAGAUACAUAAUAAAUUAUGAUAAUCCGUUGAAAGAUGAGUUGGAUUCGGUAAAUCGUCGUGUGCAACUUGCCCUAUGGAUGUUGAAGCACCCGAAGAACCAAGCAUGGCUGAAAAUAAAUGAGGCUUUAGAUAAUGAAAACAAAAAUGAUGGUGCCCAGAAAAAGAUAAAGACAAUUGAAGACAUUGAUGAAGCUAUUGGAAAUAGUGUUGAUGACAAUUAUGAAAAGAGGUGUUCAAAAGUCGUACAGAAAAAAUCAUCAACAGUUCAAGCAAGGGGUCAUGAAAAGAGGUGUUCAAAGGUCUUACAGAAAAAAUCCUCAACAGUUCAAGCAAGGGGUCGUGGUCGCCCUCUUGGUGCAAAAAAUAGAAAUUCUCGAAAAUAAGUCUACACAUGACAAAUUAGUUUUUGGAUCUAAAUUAGUCUUUCUUAAAACUUUAUAUUAGUUUAUUAUUUUUUUCAUAUAUUAG